AUGUUGCACUCUCUUCCGUCCCAGUCUUCGAGGUGUUUUCUAUUGCUAGCCAGACGAAGAUCCCUCCACCCAUGGAAGCGUCCAAGGCGAUUUCUGUGUGGGACUACCAAUCCUCCAAAGAAGAAGGUAUCCUGUACUAUUGUUUCGUACUUGACAGAUAUUGAAGGCGAUGGAUCCUACUUGGAUCGAUAUGUGGAACAAUCCCGAGUGCUCCAGUUUGUACCCACGGACCCUCGGAACACCAACAAUCCAAUCAGCCACAACAAGAACUUUUCGUCGUGUGCCUAUUUCCCAUACGACCGUUGCCUGGACUUUGGGGACGAUCGAGGAAUGCUCAUUUUCGGUGGAGAUAUUUGGGACAAGGGAGGAUCGGAUCUCUACGUCAUUCGACAACUCUUGGAUUUCAAACGACGGUAUCCCGACCGCGUGCAUUUGAUCAUGGGCAAUCGAGAUAUUAAUAAAAUGAGAAUACACCAAGAAAUGGGGAGCAACAACCAAGAAGAUCUGCCACCACAUGACGGAGUCUACUGGUUGCGAAAUCACUUGCAAUCGACCAAUGCAGGCGACGAAUCCAGUAUUGUACCGUCACAAACCAGUGCAUCUGAACGACUCCAAUUCUUGCUGGGACGGACCAUGGGAAGUCCCAAUGCAUUCGAAUCACGUCGAUUGGAAUUGCAGCGAGAGCGACAAUUGGUAGCAGACAAAAACAACACGACAAUCAGUAUUAGUGACCGGGAUGUGGUCCAAUCGUAUCGAGAGAGCUGUCACCCCGUCACGGGAGAAAUGGGAAACUAUCUGGCCAAUGCCACUCUGGCCUUUAGCCUGGGAGCACUCUUUGUGGUGCAUGGGGCGUUGCCACUGACGAAUCCAGUACUGCAACAGCAGAUCAUAAAAGAAGAAGCAGAAUCAAGCCACAACCAACAAUCAGCUGAUUGUUGGAAGGACCUGUCCUUUGCCAUGCCAUGGACAAGCGAGUCGGGGAGCCAAGAAGCAUCACCAUCAUCGAGUAUUACUACAGCCAAGAAAGCAAUCCACGAUUGGGUGGAUGCUCUAAACCAGUUUGCCCGGGAAUCCAUUGACGCUUGGCAACAAGAAGCCGACAAUGACCCGCCAGAAGAAAAAGGCAGCGUCUGGGCUACCAACGGUGGAUAUUCCAAAGAGUUUCCAGCCUACAAACUGACGCAGUAUGGAAUGGGAUGGACUCCCGAUGGAAAACGCAAUCCCACCGUCGUGUACUCGAGUUGGGCCGUGGAUGGAAUGCCUCUGCGAUUCGUUCCAGGCGACGACAACAAAGAGGACUCGCUCUUUGCUCGUCUUGUCCGAGAAUUCUUUCGGCAGUCCAACAUCAAGUUGAUCUUAUCAGGACAUCAGCCUCAGGGGGACAUGCCGUUACCAAUAAGAAUCUUUGAAGAGACGCAAUCAACAACUCGUGGUCAUGGUGAGGACGAGCAACUACAACUGGGUUGGGUACUUUGCUGCGACACGAGCUACUCCGGAGAUACAAACUGGGUCAAUCGUGACAGACAAAACAUGGGGAGAGGUCGCGGCCCUGGAUUUCGAGGUGAUGUUGCCGUCGCCGAAACGCUCGUGACAAUCGACAAUGAGGGACGGUUGCAGGAUGUCAGAUGGCACGGCGUGCUAUGCGAUGGAACAUUAUAUGAGACGGAGAAUUUGCUAUCAUCGUCGUCUUGUGCUCCUUCUGUUGGCUACCUUGCAGACGGGGAUUGGUUGCCCGACCAGGAUGGGACACCUCAUGAAACUCCUUGGUGGACCAAAGCACUUAUGGCGGACGGGUCGGUUCUGUUGUCCACGGCCAAGGGGUAUGACGUCUCGAACUACAUGGCGAAACCUCAUCAGAGCCAAGGGCCAGCAGAAGAAGCUCCUAGUCAGAAAUGA